AUGUCACUCUUUAAUUCAGCUAAUAAAGUUAUUGGAGGAGUUUUAAAAUUUAAUCCAAGUAAAUAUCAAGUUAGAUAUUUAAAUUUACAUGAAUAUCAAAGUAAAUCAUUAAUGGAUAAAUAUGGAGUUAAUACACAAAAAUGGAGAGUUGUAACAAAAGCAUCAGAUGCCAUCAAAGCAGCAUCAGAAUUGAAUGGAGAAUUAGUAGUUAAAGCACAAGUACAUGCAGGUGGUAGAGGUAAGGGUUCAUUCAUAGAGACAGGAUUUAAAGGAGGUGUUCAUCUCUGUAAAACUGGUAAGGAAGCAGAACGUUUAUGUGACGAAAUGUUGGGUAAACAUCUUGUAACCAAACAAACCACCAAAGAAGGUACCAAAGUUCAAAGUGUAAUGUUGGCAGAAUCAGUUGACCCAAAGAGAGAAUUGUAUUUUGCAAUCGUUAUGGAUCGUAAAUAUGGUGGACCAGUUAUGAUUGCAUCACCACAAGGUGGUGUUGACAUUGAGAGUGUUGCAGAGGAAACACCAGAUUUAAUUUUCAAAGAACCAAUCGAUAUCGUCAAAGGUAUUCGUCCAGAACAAACUAAAAACCUCGCUGAGAAAUUAGGUUUCACCGGUGAGAAAGCAAAGAUCGCUCAACAACAAAUGGAAAACCUCUAUCAAUUAUUCAUCAAGAGUGAUGCAACUCAAGUCGAGAUUAACCCAUUCGCUGAAACCACCGAUGGUCAAGUCAUUUGUAUGGAUGCUAAAAUCAAUUUCGAUGACAAUGCCUCAUUCCGUCAAAAGGAGAUUUUCGAAAUGAGAGAUACCGCCGAAGAGGAUCCACGUGAGGUUGAAGCUGGUAAAUUUGGUCUCAAUUACAUUGGUCUCGAUGGUAACAUUGGUUGUAUGGUUAAUGGUGCUGGUUUGGCUAUGGCCACCAUGGAUAUCAUUAAAUUAAAGGGUGGUAUCCCUGCUAAUUUCCUCGAUGUAGGUGGUAGUGCCUCUGAACAAGCCGUCACUGAAGCCUUCAAAAUCCUCACUAAAGAUCCAAGAGUUAAAUGUUUACUCGUAAACAUUUUCGGUGGUAUCAUGAAAUGUGAUAUCAUUGCCUCUGGUAUCGUAAAUGCUUCAAAACAAGUUGGUCUUAAAAUUCCAUUAGUUGUACGUUUAGAAGGUACAAAUGUAAACAUUGGUAAAGAAAUCUUGGAAAAAUCUGGUUUAAAUAUUACUUCUGCUAGUGAUUUAGAUGAUGCUGCUAUUAAAGCUGUUAAUUGUUUAAAAAAAUAA